AUGAGUAUAUUUACAAAAAGAUUUCAGUCGACUUAUUGUUCGGUGAUUCAGCAGCAUUGUCAAAAUAUUCAACGCAACGUAUUUGUGGUGAAUUUAGAUCCAGCUGCCGAAAGUUUCAAAUAUUCGCCUUGUGUUGACGUUCGUGAAUUGAUCAGUGUUGAUGAUGUACAAGAGGAUGUUGAGCUGGUGUUAGGACCGAACGGAGCGUUGGUGUUCUGCAUGGAGUAUUUGGUGCAGAAUUUGGAUUGGUUACAUGAUCAGAUGAAUGAAGCAGAGGAUGAUUAUUUCAUUUUUGAUUGUCCUGCAAUGGGAUUUCAGUAUAUGUGCGANUACAGCCAUCUGCCAAUAAUGCGACAAAUUGUUGAUGCCUUCAAGCAAUGGGAUUUCAGUAUAUGUGCGACAUUUCUACUGGAUACACAUUUCGUAUUGGAUGCUGAAAAGUUUUUAGGUGGUGCGCUCACGACCCUAUCGACUAUGACGGCUCUAGAGGUACCGUCAGUGAAUGUACUAUCGAAAGUGGAUCUGUUAUCCGAGCGGAAUAAAGCUUUGUUAGAGUCUUUUCUGGACACUGACACUCGCUCGAUUCUACAAGGCGAAGAGGAAACACCUUGGAAUAAGAAAUAUCUCAAACUUGGAGAAGCUAUAGCGACGGUUUUGGACGAUUAUAGCUUAGUCAAAUUUGUGCCGUUGAACAUUGAAGAUGAAGAAUCUGUGGAGGAACUGUUACUGAUAAUUGACAGUACCAUUCAGUACGGAGAAGAUGCUGAUGUGAAAGACAGGUACCCUGAAGAGUUUGACGAUCAAGACGGUCAAGGUGAUAUACCACUGGAGUAA